AAUGGGGUAGGACCGCCGGAAGUAGGGGGAAGGUGCUGUGUAAUCGCCCCUAGGAACCGAGGUAGCUACGAGUCUCAAAAUGCCGGAUUACCUAGGCGCCGAUCAGCGGAAAACCAAAGAGGAGGAGAAGGACGAUAAGCCCAUCCGAGCACUGGAUGAGGGUGAUAUUGCCUUGUUGAAAACUUACGGCCAGAGCACUUAUUCUAGACAGAUCAAACAGGUGGAAGAUGACAUCCAGCAACUUCUUAAGAAAAUCAAUGAGCUCACUGGCAUUAAAGAGUCAGACACUGGCCUGGCUCCCCCAGCUCUUUGGGAUUUGGCUGCAGAUAAACAGACCCUUCAGAGUGAACAGCCACUACAGGUUGCAAGGUGUACAAAGAUAAUCAAUGCUGAUUCCGAGGACCCAAAAUACAUCAUCAAUGUGAAGCAGUUUGCCAAGUUUGUGGUGGAUCUCAGUGAUCAGGUGGCACCCACUGACAUUGAAGAAGGAAUGAGAGUUGGUGUGGACAGAAAUAAGUAUCAAAUUCAUAUUCCCCUACCUCCCAAGAUUGACCCAACAGUUACCAUGAUGCAGGUGGAAGAAAAACCUGAUGUCACAUAUAGUGAUGUUGGUGGUUGCAAAGAACAGAUUGAGAAGCUAAGAGAAGUAGUUGAAACCCCUCUGCUUCAUCCAGAGAGGUUUGUUAACCUUGGAAUUGAACCCCCCAAAGGUGUGCUUCUUUUUGGUCCCCCAGGAACAGGAAAGACUCUUUGUGCUCGUGCUGUUGCUAACAGGACAGAUGCCUGCUUCAUCCGAGUUAUUGGAUCUGAACUUGUGCAGAAAUAUGUUGGAGAGGGGGCUCGAAUGGUCCGUGAGCUCUUCGAAAUGGCAAGAACCAAAAAGGCCUGCCUUAUAUUCUUUGAUGAAAUUGAUGCUAUUGGAGGUGCUCGUUUUGAUGAUGGAGCUGGGGGUGACAAUGAGGUACAACGAACCAUGUUGGAACUUAUCAAUCAGCUAGAUGGAUUUGAUCCUCGAGGUAAUAUUAAAGUACUGAUGGCCACCAACAGACCUGAUACUUUGGACCCAGCAUUGAUGAGGCCUGGGAGACUGGAUAGAAAGAUUGAAUUUAGCUUACCUGAUCUGGAGGGUCGGACACAUAUUUUCAAGAUUCAUGCUCGUUCAAUGAGUGUUGAAAGAGAUAUAAGAUUUGAGUUGUUAGCACGGCUGUGUCCCAAUAGCACUGGUGCUGAAAUCAGAAGUGUUUGCACUGAAGCAGGUAUGUUUGCAAUCAGAGCGAGACGAAAAAUUGCCACCGAGAAGGAUUUCUUGGAAGCUGUGAAUAAGGUCAUCAAAUCAUACGCCAAAUUUAGUGCUACUCCCCGUUACAUGACAUACAACUAAUCAUUGGAAAUUUCCAAAGCAUAUUGCUUCUUCUCAGUUGGAAUAACUUGUUCUUAUAAAGAAAAAUCUCAGUUCCAUAGACCUGUUUAACCAUCAUAAUUAGUACUUAACAUACAAAUAAACUUUUUCCAAAGUUUG